AUGGGCACGCCUGUAGCAGUGAUCUACGCGGUUCUGUUCAUGGCUUGGUUAGACGAGAGGUUGCUAGAGACAGAGCCCGAGUUGUCGCAUCACGUCCUUCUCCACCGCAGGUUCAUAGACGACGGGGUGGUGGUUUUGGACGGGGACACGGGAGUGGCUGCUGGAGUGGGUGGGGGCGUUUGCAAGGGAGAGCUCUGGCAGACGACGGCUAUCUUGGACACCACGACCUUCCAGAAGCCGCUCAACGUGUACCAGUACUUUCCUUUCUCCUCCGCGCACCCCUCUCACUGCAAGAGGGGCUUCAUCUUGGGUGAGCUGCAGCGGUACAUUCUGAGGGAGUCCAGUUCUCAGGGGUUUAGGAGUAUCAGGUUGGCCUUCUACGCUCGGCUGCGGGCGCGGGGGUACCCAGACACUUUCUUGCAGCCGAUCUUCAGCAGCAUCUCCUACGCACGACGCCCGGAGCUUCUUGCCAGGUCACGGGCUCGGGGGGAGGGGGAGCAGGAGGAGCAGCAGCGGGUUCUCCCUCUUGUUCUCGACUUCCACCCGAGUGUGCAGCAGGUCCGCUGGGGUAGGUUGCUGGCCUUCCCUCCAGAGGCACCAGCGUUUGAGCAGCUUUCUCACUACAGGGCACCUUUCGUGUCCUACAGGGCACCUCCGUCGCUCCGACAGCUACUCGUGCGAGCGUCGUUCAGGUGA